AUGGCUGGCUCCAAGACCAAGAAGUCUGGUGAAUCCAUCAACCAGAAGCUCGCUCUGGUGAUGAAGUCGGGCAAGUACGUCCUCGGCUACAAGAGCACCCUCAAGGCGCUGCGCUCUGGCAAGGCCAAGCUCGUCAUCCUGGCCAGCAACACCCCUCCUCUCCGCAAGUCUGAGAUUGAGUACUACGCUCUCCUCAGUCGCUCCCUCGUCGAGCACUACAAGGGUGACAACAUUGCCCUCGGUACCGCUUGCGGCAAGUACUUCCGUGUCUGCACCAUGGCCAUCACUGACGCUGGUGACUCGGACAUCAUCCGCUCCGUCGCUGAUGCCCAAUAA